CCCACCGGAACCGGUGCAGCCGUGGCAACACCACCCAAACCUCCCGCCGGUGCUCUCCGUCCUGCUGCCAACCACACAUCAACGUGCUCACAUGAGUACUGACCAUCUGUGGAUUUUUUGACGAGGCCAGCGUUGGUGUUGUCCAAGACACUUUCUUCGCGCGCGUGCUCGCUGCUCCCCUCAACGCUGAGGCGUGUGCCCUCUCGCACUUUUCUCUCCUGCCAAGCUGCCAUUGGGAUGCUUGGCUUCCGCGUGCUUGGCUUAGCGCUCCUCGCUUACACUGCCAUUUGGGUAGCAGCCUACCGAGGGCUGUGGUAUGAUAGCCAUGUGUUUGCCAGGAAGAGCUCAGCGUUUGAGUUUAACCAAGGCGACUUCUACGUGUCAGGUGGCAAGGCGAGGAUUCUGGUGUUCUUCGUGGCACCGAUUCUCCUAGCAGCAGUCUGCGGUGCAUGUUGGGAGGCUGCUCAAAUAGUGAACCAGUUCCGGAGGCUUCGACACACGGUGCCCUUGGACACCACUCGGGCAGGCAACAGUAGCAGCAGCAACGUCGUUGGAGGCACCGGAAAAGAAAUCGCUGGCAAGCAGCCAAAAUCGCGUCGGCUGUGGACAUUUCUGCAUUACAAUAUUCGUCCGCUGGGGGAGGGUUCUCCAUGGAUGACUGUCGGAGAGGUUCUUGCGCUCCUGGGAUACGUUAUUUUGAUUAUCACGAUGGUCUGGCAAGGGGUGAACUUCAAAGUGCAGGAGUACUCCGAGCAACAUAGCACGGGGACCGGCAACUCGCUGAUCAUACUAAAGAACAUCGCCAAGUACACGGGGUUUGCGGCGGCAAUCCAGUUCAGCAUUGUCCUCAUCCCGGUAUCCCGCGACAGCAAGAUCUGGUCGACGAUCGGAGUGCCUGUCGAGCGCGCUAUUCUCUAUCACACAACGCUCGGCCACUUGGCAUUCGUCAGCCUCUUCUUGCAUGGGAUCCUGUACAUGGCCUACUACGUACAGAAACAUGGCUGGGCGUACGCGGUGAAUUCCUCGUUUCAUUACAAGGGAAAAGGGGUCAACGUCCCUGCGGGUUUCAUCGCCGGCCUUUGUGCCCUUCCGAUGUGGGUCUUGUCGCUGCACUUCUUCAGGCGAGAGUACUACCGGCUCUUCAAGACGGGCCACUUUUUAUUCAUCGGCGUUUUCGGCGCCGGAAUGGUCCACUAUGACGGCUUCGUCCACUAUCUAUUGGCCGGCUUCGUGCUGUACCUUGUCCACGCGGUCUAUCGCCUGGGUAACUGGAACUGGUGGAGUGUGCUCAGGCAGUGCUUUUGCAAGAGUUCAGCUAGAGGUUGCGGCGGUUGCGCUCUCGUGCACCUUGAAGCAGGGGACGGGUACACGCGCCUGGUGUUGCGAAACCCUAGCAACCACAGUCCGGCCAAAGGAGGCGCAUUCGUGUACAUCAGUGUACCCGCACUCCUAGGCACGAUUGAGGCCCACCCCAUGUCUGUGGCUCUGCGAGGCGCCCCGCCCCAUCUCUGGAACGCCGCGUUCGACGACGGAGUCUUCACGCUAUACGUGAAGACUAUGGGCUCAUGGACGCUAGCCCUGCAAAAGCAGGAAAGUGACGACCUCACCGUUCAUGUGGACGGGCUGUAUGGCGGUGCACCGUCGCUGGCAUCCAUGAAACAAGCGGGAUUCCCAAGGGUGGUUUUGUUUGCAGGCGGCAGUGGCGUCACAUCCUUCACGACUCUAAUCCAGGACUGGUGUGAGGCCUACAGCGGCGGCGAGGAUGUGCCUGCGGUUCACCUGGUCUGGUCUUGUCGAAGCAUGUCGGAGAUUGAGCUCCUGGGCGAGGCUAUUCCCUCGUUCCUCGCCGCUGCUCCAGCCGGCGCAGAGUCUCUUUUCAACAUGUCCAUGUUUUGCAGCGGGAAGACUGGAGGAGACAGCCCGGAGACCGUAUCAUGGUCCAUCUUCAAGGCGUCUGAACACCUAGGACACGUGCACGCAAAUCCUACGUCGCAGGCAGUAAUUGACUCGCUCAAUAACGGUGUACGCACCCUGAUCGCAGGCGAGUGUCGCGGUGGUGCGUUGGCUGGAUGGUUUUGGGCUGAGAACUUGGCCCAGGGGGCUCUCUUGGAAGGUGUUGCAGUCCUAGUCUUGAUGACCAUUGUUCCUGCCAGCCUGCUGGUUGUGUACGGAUGGAUUUCAAGCCUCCUCAUUGGAGCGUUGAUAGCGAAGAAGCCGUUUCGCAAGCGGUAUUCCCAGCUGAGGGAGACGGCUGCGGACCGAGACGAACCAGAUGUAGCAGUUGGUGGCCAAGGCGAGAACAUCAAUCCUGGUGGGGGCGGUGGUCGUGGCGCACGCAAGACCUUUCCCGUCAGCGCCGGCCGCAUGCCAGUCCACGAGGUGCUGCUGUCGGAACAGGAAAAUGCCUCAAGAGAGGGGAUCGACAGGGUCAAGGUGCUUGUAAGCGGCCCGCGCGGCAUGGUGGACGCCGUCAUGAUGGAAGCGCGCAGAAUCAGCUGGAAGGUGUUCGAUGUGGAAACCGCCUCGCGCGAGUUGUAGGUGCUCAAAUUCAUUCCCGACAACGGAUAGUCCCGUCCUGUGAUGACCGUUGCGUGUCUAUGCUGGGCCGUGGCAGCCGUAUGCAUUCCAACAUGAUAUCCCGCUAAUCUUUGCAGAACUCUAGACUAGGUGCUUUGGCCAAGAAUUGUAAAUAGAUUGAUGGUGAUCCCAGUGGCUUUUGGUAUGCACUCUACUUCGCAGACCAGGUACAACACUCGAAACAAAAUGUUGCACGUUGCUGUAGGACAGGGCUUGUCACGAGAGUAGAAGUGUGUCUGUUGAUGACGUUUGACAGGUCGCCCGGAAGUAUGUGAUGAAGGAGCCUACAUGUGGCCUGGUGAGGUGUUAUCGCUGAAAGUGAACCAUGCGUAAAGCACAAGUACCUGCAGCCGAACCCGAACUUCUUGAAAGGAGGCUUGGGCGUCAAGUUCCUCGCCGAAGUCCUAGGAGGAAACGGGAAUCGCCAUACAUCUGCUCUUCAGCAGCCUAUGCUCAUUCAGUCAGCUGGAUGCGCGGCACAGCUCACGCGUCGCCGUGUUCUAAUAAUAUUCCCGACGGCAUGGUCCAGGGAUUGUUUUUCUUCGGAGGUGUUGGGGAGGGUGUGAUUUCCGUACAAGUGGGGCCGGUUGGGUUCAGGAAACAAACUAUUGAGCUCUGUGCCUUUUCGCGCUAUGUUGUUGAGAGGUCGGGUUCUGAUUAGGAUUUUACGUUGACCAAGAAAAUAACGCCAUGCUCGAAAUAUCCAAGAGUUUUUGAUGAACGAGGCGAAAUGUUCAAGGCUCCUUCCGGGAACGAUUUCUCAAUUCGGUAACGAUUGGCACGGCAAUCAGCGAACACGGUAAUACACGGUAAUAUGUGGGUGGUAAGGGUC